AAAACCACUACCCCCGGCUUUCCACGUAACAUUCCGACGUCAAUAACACACUUAUAGUCAUGUCCGGUGCACCAAGACAAGGCGGUCCAAGAAGAGGCCCAAGAAGAGGCAGAAGAGGUCAAGAUGACGAGAAGAGCUGGGUCCCAGUCACCAAGCUUGGAAGACUCGUGAAGGCCAAGAAAAUCACCUCCGUGGAGGAGAUCUACCUCCACUCCCUGCCAGUUAAGGAGUACCAAAUCAUUGAUGAGCUUGUUCCAGGUCUCCAGGACAAGGUCAUGAAGGUUCUGUCUGUUCAAAAGCAGACCAGAGCUGGUCAAAGAACCAGAAUGAAGGUCGUCGUUGUCGUUGGUGACUCCAACGGCCACGUUGGUCUUGGUAUCAAGGUCGCCAAGGAGUUGGCCACUGCCAUCAGAGGUGCCAUCAUCAUUGCCAAGCUGGCUCUGAUUCCAGUCAGAAGAGGUUACUGGGGCUCCAACCUUGGUGCUCCUCACUCUAUUGCCAACAAGUGUUCUGGUAAGUGUGGUUCGGUCAACGUCAGACUGAUCCCUGCCCCAAGAGGUUCCGGUAUUGUUGCUUCUCCAGCCGUCAAGACCAUGUUGCAAUUCGCCGGUAUCGAGGACAUUUACACCACCUCCUCUGGUUCUACCAGAACUACUGAGAACACUUUGAAGGCUUGUUUCGCUGCCAUUGGUUCUACCUACGGUUUCUUGACUCCUAGCUUGUGGAAGGAGUUCGCUCUUACCGACUCUCCAUUGGACGUCUACGCCGAUGAGGCUCUGGCUACCAAGAAGAGAUACUAAGUAUGGGUAAUAUCUCUGUUUAGAUGGAGCUGUAGAAGGUGGCCGCUUUGCAAAAAACCAACUCUGCGGCUCGUUGUCUGCCUUUAAUUCAGUGAUUUCCUGAAAAUAAAAUGAAAUAAAAUAAAAUUAAAAAAA